AUGGAUUGGCAUAAGGAUCUGGGUUUCACAGAUCGAUUACGAGCCAUCCAGUCUCUCACUUUAGCCUAUCAGCAGACAUCUUCAUCUGAUGCCUUUGCUGAGGCCCAAGCCCAGGCCAGGCAAUGUGAAAAUGAGGCCUACGACCACGCUACUUCCAAGGAACAAUAUGAUCAGAUUUGCCAAAAGGCAAUUGACGCAGCGGAGGCUACCAGCUCUGUAGCAGUGACCAAUGACAGCUCAUAUCCAGGCCAAGAUAACUUUCCAGAUUCUGUGACCCCAGAUGAAGCAAUCCUGGGGGAGACAUUCGGCCAGUAUAAAUCAUGCUUCCAUCAUUUCGAUGGGCUUCAUUCGACAAUUUAUAGGUCCAAAGCACAGGAUGGAUCGGCGCGGGCCAUCAAGAUUACCAUCCCGCAUCUCAUGACGGCUCCCCACGAUGCCCAUCGUGAGGUCCGACUGCUUCGGGCAGCAUCCAGCCAAUACGUAAUUCACUUGAUUGAAACAUUCAAUCUAGAUGAAGGUCGAUUGGUCAUGGUUUUCCCUUUUCUGCGGUUCGACUUCGAGCAUCUGCUGCGGCGGGACAUGGUCACUGCCACACAGACUCGUUCCAUUCUACGGGAUAUGUUCUCUGGCCUUGCCCAUAUUCACAAAUUAGGGAUCAUCCAUCGUGAUGUCAAGCCCUCUAAUAUUUUAAUGGACUCUCCCAACGGACCCGCAUACCUGGCCGAUUUUGGGAUUUCUUGGAAAGAGGGAGACGCUGGGUCCGAGCCCUCGGAUUCAAAAAUCACCGAUGUGGGAACGACUUGUUACCGUCCCCCGGAGAUUUUAUUUGGGUAUCGGGGAUACGGCACGGCUCUGGAUCUCUGGGCGGCAGGUUGCGUUGUAGCGGAAUGCACCGUCGUAGGUCAUCGGUCUCUUUUUGAUUCCGGGCCCCUGGGCAGUGAUCUAUCCCUAAUCCACUCCAUUUUCCAGACGCUAGGGACACCAGAUGAAAAUAGCUGGCCAGGAGUCCAUGUGUUACCAGAUUGGGGCAAGGUGGAAUUCCACCCCUUCGCAGCUCAGUCCUGGGACGAAAUUUUGCCUGGUGCAUCGUCCAAGGGCCGAGACUUAGUCCGCCAGUUGGUCUGUUACGAGAGCAGCCAACGGCUUUCUGCCGACGAGGCUCUCCAGCACUCGUAUUUCUCCACACCUUAA